AUGCGGGACCGGCUCUCAUGGUACAUGGUCUUCUUGAUUCUGCCGACAAUCCUUUUGGCCAGGUCGCUCGAUAAAGAUCGACGCGUGCCCUACAACAUCCCGUCGGAUUGGAAGGCCCUUUGGUUCAGCAAUCUCGACGAAUUGCAGAGAGUGAACGAAGCGAACGACAACAACACCGUUUCUAACGUCACGGUGCAAUUGGGCGGCACUGCCUUCCUGCACUGCAAAGUUCGCAAUUUGGCGGAGAGGACCGUUUCCGAUGCCGAGAUAUCGUGGAUUCGGCGACGUGACUUUCACGUUUUAACAAGCUCUAUGUUCACAUAUACGAACGACGAGCGAUUUCAAGUACUGCAUCCCGAGGGCUCGGACGAUUGGACCCUUCAAAUAAAAUACGUCCAAGAAAGAGACAAUGGGACGUACGAGUGUCAGGUCUCGAGAAGUGCAGGGAUACUGUCACACUUUGUCAAUCUAAAUAUAGUGAUACCAGAGGCGUUUAUAUUAGGAAGCGACGAGCAUCACGUCGACGUAGGGUCUAUCAUAAAUCUCGUGUGCAUAAUAGAGAAGAGCCCGACGCCGCCGCAAUACGUGUUCUGGUAUCACAAUAACCGGAUGAUAAACUACGACACCACGCGCGGCAGCGUGACCGUACAAACCGAUCCAGGACCAACUCAAAGCCGGCUGACGAUUCGCCAGGCAGUGGAGACGGACACGGGCAAUUACACGUGCAGCGCCUCCAACACCAAGCCGGCAUCGAUCUUCGUCUUCGUCACUGAAGGUGACAAGAUGGCAGCGAUACAACGUCGCAAAACGUCGGCAGCGAAGAGGAAUCUGGCGAGCGUGCUGGUAUCGGCGGUACUCGUCGUAGCGGGCGUCGUUUUAACGCGAUAAGCGUUUUACUUCGAAAAUGUCCAUAACUAUUACGUCAUUACUUCCGUUUGUGAUAGAUAGGAUAUUACCCUUCCCCCUCCUCUUUUCCCCUCCGGGACUUUAUCGUCCGACACCUCUCCCUUCUCUUUUUCAUCUUUCCCCCCCCCCAGGCUCACACCCUCUCCCAUCCAUUCCUCGCGGGUCUUCUUUCCUCCAUAAACCACAUGCUCCCGUCUUCCAUUCCAUCUUCCAACACAGUUCCAACUUCCCUUCCCUCUCAUCCGUACUCGUCCCUCUUAUUCCUUAUUUACUUUAGUCGAAGUUGCCGCCGGCUGGACUACUUAGAUAUGCGAGAUUUUCGUGGAAGAUUGCGCGAUUGCCUGCUC